AGUAAUUGACUCAGAAACGCGGAAGUGAAGUCAACUUUUUUUUUUUUUAGCUCAGUACAGUAGUUUUUCAUAUAUUUUUAGUAUAAUUAGAGCUCCCCGUCUGUCUGAAGUAGGGGUGAACGUUUCGUGAGUAAUGAAGACAACGGCCCUCGAACGACAGAAGAUGUGAAUGGGGAUUUUCAAUAUUCGCUCAAUUUGAAUAACGAGCGUAUUGCAACAUGUACUUAAUGGAUCCAGAGCAGGAUGGUAUUGAGCUGCAGGAGAGAAACACGGAUGGCUUUGACAAUACCAUGGAGGCAUUACUCCCAAUUCUGCACCAGCAGAGGACAUAUGAUUAUGUUCUAGUUGCUGAUAAAGUUGAGGACCAGGAUCACCCAAGGUUUCUGAAGCAGGUGGCUUUUAUUGACCACCUGAGGAAGAAAAACAUGAAAGUAACAAAAAUCGUUCAUGUUGACAAGGUGUUUUAUGGUGUCCGGGCCCCGAAGGAGAUCUUUGACAAGUACAGGUACCUACUUAAGGUGUCUGAUUCUUGCAACUGGAGCGGCGACCGGAAAUGUGGCAGGGUUCCUCACUCAACCAGAAUCAGAGUAGUGCAUUACAUCCUACACCACACCCAUAUCAACACAGGAGAGAACCUCAGAGAGCUCCAGGAGAAGGGUGUCUUUGAGGCCGCGUUCUGCCUGCAUGAGAGGAACAAGCAAAAGGUGUUGAAACAAAAGUGGGCACGAUGGUCUGCUCUCUGUACGACCCAGCCUGUCGAUGAUGUCAGGAGUUACUUUGGAGAGAAGGUGGCUCUGUAUUACCUGUGGUUGGGCUGGUAUACCAUCCUGCUGGUCCCUGCAGCCAUUCUGGGUGUGAUUGUGUUCCUGUAUGCACUGGCUUUCUUCAACACCAGCCCCCUCAUAAAGGAGGUCUGUGAGUCUGACACUGUUAUGUGCCCGAGGUGUGACAAGUGGUGUCAAGUAUGGCAGCUGCGUGACACCUGUACCUAUGCCAAGGUGAGUCCUCUGUUUGACAAUGAGGGGACGGUGGCCUUUGCUAUGUUCAUGGCAGUCUGGGCUACCAUUUUUCUGGAGCUGUGGAAGAGACACAAAGCAACGUUUGUGUCUAAAUGGAAAGUAUUUGACUGGUGUGAGGAAGAGGAGGAUCUCAUCCUGGGAGUAGUCAAUGAUCCAGACUGCCAUCCCAAAGAGUUUUGCCAUUCUUAUCUGCGCAGCACUCUAGUUCUGGUGCUGGUCACUCUCAUGUUGAUUCUGAUCAUCGGGCUAACCCAGGCUCUGGUGGUGUUCCGUGUGGUUGCUGCUGUGCUGUUGUCAGAGGGAACAUGGGAGUUUGUAAGGGACCAUGCCAACACUGUAGCAGUAAUGCUGGGUGCUGUACUACACUACUUCACCAUGCAAGUUAUGACCAGAGUAAGUUCAACCAGCAACCCCUCUAAGUCAUGUAGACCUGCACAGUCGCUAACUCUUCUCCUCUCUUACCCGGAUAGGUCAACAAGGCUGUGGCCUUCAAGCUAUGGAAUUCUAAUGUUGCUGCUUUUGCCUGCAGAGAAGACACAGUCGCGUGCAGCCACUGAGAGGAGCUUCACUGUCAAGAUGUUUACCUUCCAGUUCUUCACCCUCUUCUCCUCGCUUGUAUAUGUGGCAUUUUUCCUGGGCAGGAUAAAUGGCCGCCCAGGCAGCUAUGUUCGUAUUUUUGGUAAAUGGAGAUUGGAGGAGUGUCAUCCCAGUGGCUGCCUCACUGACCUCUUCAUUCAAAUGGCCGUCAUCAUGGUGCUCAAACAGACACUGAAUAACAUCUUUGAGUUUAUUGUGCCCUGGUUCAAGAGUUACUUCAAAAGGACUACAACUAAGAAGCUGGAGAGGAAGUGUGGCGACUGCUACAAAAAUGCAUGUCGCGAAGAGGAGAGGAGGGGCCAUGACCCAUGUGAUAUCUGCAAGCUGCAUGAUUGGCUGCGCAACUACGAUCUGAAUGACGUAAACUUUUUCAGUCUCUUCAAUGAGUUUCUGGAAAUGGUUCUUCAGUUCAGUUUCACCACCAUCUUUGUGGCGGCCUUCCCUCUGGCCCCUCUACUGGCCCUCAUCAACAAUAUCUUUGAGAUCCGUCUGGAUGCCAUCAAGAUGGUCAGCUUGGAACGCAGAUUAGUCCCCAAGAAAACCAAUAAUAUUGGUAUAUGGAUCAAAGUUCUAGAAGCUAUUGGUGUUCUGGCUGUCAUUGCCAAUGGGCUAGUCAUUGGGGUGUCCUCAGACUUCAUCCCUCGGCUGGUCUAUCGCUAUCACUACGGACCCUGUGCCAAUGGAGAAGAAAAUGUACACUGUAUGAAGGGCUAUAUCAACGACACCCUAUCCACUGCUCAGAUAACAGACCUGAAUGUGCGGAAGGACUUUUUCCCCAGUCAACUGAUCACAGAGAGCGGCUUCAAUGUUACACAAUGCAGCUAUAAAGACUACAGAAAUGAUGUUGACUACAGCCUCACCUCCCAGUUCUGGCUCAUCAUGGCUGUACGCUUUGCCUUCGUCGUCCUAUUUGAGCAUGUAGUGGUCAUCUUUAAAUGCAUUGCUGCCUGGUUUGUGCCUGACUCCCCCAUGCUGGUGAAGAAUGACAGACUGAAGGAUAAACUCAGUAGGCUCAAAGAGGAACUGCAGGAUAUGAAGUACAGCCAGUCCACAGAUGUGUGAUGACCACAACGGAGGGACAUCCUGAGGCAUGACACAUGACUUUGAAGCCUUGAAAAAGACACAUUAAAAGUGAUGCUCUCUGCACUGACCUGAGAUCAGCAUCUUACAGAAUAGUUAGCGCGUUAUGAGAGGUAGGACAGCACCAUCUCCCAACACCUCUGCGCUUUCUUCCACAUGGCCAACGCACUGUUUAUACCUGUGUGAUUAAUGGCCACCCGUGGCGCAUGCGAGGGUAUCUUGAUAGCCGAUCGGGGCGACAAGUUUCUACGAGGAUUAAACGGCUCCAAACUGUAUUUCACAUAUAAGCAAGUGUACCCCAAUAUAAAUGAAGCAAUAUACUGACAGACUAACCCCAGAUACCAGACGCCAAACCACAACUGGGGUUCAUAAGAAGAGGUCCAUAUAACAUUGUAUUUUCUUGAAUGACCGAUGACCCAGCAGUAGCCUCAGCCGAGUCCCCAACAACCAGAUGUUCCGGUUUUCAGGGGAAAUGGAAAGAGAGCCUGUGACGCAACUUCCGCUUUUGGACGUUAACAAGGCGACACUUCAUCUUAACUCCUCCUCCACAUUUACCGGAUUGGUUGAACAGUGCAGAAGAUAACGUUUUUUCUUCUUCUUCUCGUCAAGACCAGUAUGUAGGGGAUCUAGUUUCAGGCAUUUAUUUUUCCUAAUCAAAAGGGGACCAUCGCAGUCUCUCAGAAUUUUGGUUGGUGUAUAAAACGUGUGAAUUCAGAUAAAUAAGAAGGUGUGAUGGGUCCGUACACCAAACAUGUUUUGACUGUUAUCAGGGAUAGCGUACAGGCUUUUCAACUUUGCAGCCUUCUUCAGUGUGUAGAUUUAUUUUAUGCCUGCUACAUUAGGUUAACCUAGCAGGGAUACCUAUACAGUAACAGAGUUUGGGUUAAUUUUGUUUCACAAACUAUGUGCUAUACAAAUGGAAAACCUGAGUUGAAAUGUAUUGACUCCCUUACUCUGGCCAAUAUUAAUAUUUUACAAAGAACUGAGGUAGUUUUAUUUUUGGUAAGGAUGUAACAACCUGUUUUGCAAAUACUGUACUGAUGUUUCCUGUUUACAUGCUUUUAGUAACCUCAAUGUUCUCUCAACAUAAAGAAUCACAAAGUGUGAAUAAUGUAAUUUAUCUUUGAAAUAUUAAUAUCUUUGUUAUAUAAUUAUGCAUCUCUUAACUUUUAAUCCACUGCAUUAAUUCUUUAUUUGAAAUGAUAUUCUGGAAAAUUGUGUUAUCGCUUUUUAAAUUCAAACAUAGGGUUGCUUCAUGUUGUGUGUAUGAGCAAGCGUUUUUGUAAAAACAUUUAAGUAUCAUUCAGAAAUGACUUGGCCCAAUACCUAUGGAUAUUGUAUUGUUGUUGGAAAGGUGUACAUUUUGAGUUGUUUUUUUUACUGUACAUUGUACAUAAAGUAUGUGACAGGGUUUUGCUCAUCAGUCUAUCACCUGCGUGAAAGUGCAUUGUAAUUUUGUCCUUUUGCUUCUCACUUUUGAUGGACAGACGGGACAAAGAUUAAAGCUUGCAGUAAUUUUACUCUCA